CGCAGUAAUAGGCGAAACUGGGACUUUUGCGGGCGUACUUGAAUGCAUGCCCGACGAUAUCCUGGCAUCAUUGGCCAACGGAAGACGAACAACUUAUUCAGCGAAAAUUGACUUGAUAUGUUUGGCAAGGGCGUUCUACUUGAUGCUUCAUAAACCGCCAAACCCGGAGAGAGUUUCCUUUGGAGGAAAUCCUGACAUCAGCUCACGGGCACAAAAUAUAUUGGUCUUUUGGGGUUCUAAUGCCAAAUCAGAAUUGUGGGAUAGAAUUUUUCAAGACACAGAGGGCUUGAAGUACGAAGGCGUAAUUGAAGAACUUGAAAAGAGUGUUUGGCACCCUGAUUACUGGGUCGCGCUUGAGAUUUCUUACAAGGGAAAACUGAACCGCCACGUAACUUUUUCUUAUAACACUCUUGAACUAAAUCAAACCAUACUGAAGUUUUCCCCGGCUGUUAAAAAGCUCACCGGUCUUGGACAUUUUAAGACCGACUCCUAG